AUGGUCCACAGAGCACCAGAUCCGGACCAACUCCUCGACUUAAGGGAGACCCGUGCCACCGAGACUCUGCAGAGGGAGGGCGACGAGUACGCCGCCGCGCGCGCUCUGGAACGGCGGCGUGUUAGGGUGCGGGCCGCUAACAUGCGCGGGUGCAGCCCAUCGGCCUACGACGACGGCCGGGAAGAGAGAGCCUCGCCGAAGACGCAGAUCAUCCGGGCCUUGGCUGCCCUCCGGGAGGAGGACAGGAAGGGCACGCUCACGAUGGGUGCCCUGGUCUAUGAGUUCGCCCGGCUGAAACGGGAGUUCCCAGAGGCGUACCGGACGGGCCGGCUGGCGUACAAGGCGAUCCGGCUCGCGGCGCCGCUGCUCCCUCCGCUGGUGCUCCCAAUGGGCGUCGACUUGGAGCCCGUGAACAUGGAUUCACGCAUCUCCAUACGAGCGCUCGGCGACAUCGUCGGGGAGGACGCGCCACUGUCGGCCAAACUGGCGUACCACCGGCUGGUGGAUGACGUCGUGCGGCAGACCCUGAAGGCGUGGCCGUGGCGUGGCGUUCGUUAUCCCGAGCAGAUGCUCCAGUUCUUGAAGAGGUGGAAAGAGGACCUUCCGCCGUCGACCAUGCGCUUCAUCCUGGAAAAGAUCGUCCUGCCAGAACUCGUGGCCAGCGCGGAGGAUUGGUCGCCGGUGAUGUGGCCCUGGUGGAAUGUGCCGGCGAGCAAAUGGAUGGCCCCGGCGAGCAAAUGGAUGGCCCCAUGGAUUGCCUACUUCGGCCACGGCCGUCUACGGAGCGUGUACAAGACCAUAGCUAAGACGCUCGGCGGGACGUUCUGCGAAUGGGGCGUGACCAACGUCGACUACCACAGAGCUGCGCCAUGGAAGGAGGUGAUGGACCCGGAGAGCUGGGACGAAUUCGUUCUCCAGGAAUACGUGGUGCCUCGCCUGAGGGAGACCCUGCGCAGCCUCAAGGUCUCGGCGAGGUUGACGUGGGGCAGGAGCAACACGUUUCCUCUCGUGAUGAAGUGGGCGUCGCUCGUGCCGGCGAAGCACAUGGUGCCGCUCCUCGAGGAAGAGUUCUUCGGGAAGUGGAGGAGCGCCAUCUACCGGCUGCUGAUGGGCGACAGGCCACCGCCGGAGCAGGCGACGGCGUGGUACGAGAUGUGGAGGGAGCUCUUCACGCCAGAGCUGCUUGCGGAGGAGCGCGUGGUCGUGCAGCUGGAGAGCGGGCUCGACAUGAUCAACCGUGCGGCGCGGGGACUGCCGAUAACAAAGCCUGAGCAUUAG